AUGGAAGAAAAAGUAGAAGAGAAAAAGCCAGCCGUUGAAUCACAAAAACAACGAAAAUCAGAGGAAUCUAUUCCUCACCCAGCACCACAUUCGGUAGAGCCUGAGGAUUCAUUUAUUAGUGCUCCUGCUUCAUGGCAGAUUCCUCCGGGAGCACUUCAAGCAAAAGCAGAUCAUGCUAAUCAUGUGCGAUUACUUGAGCCUAUAAUCAAAGUGAAUCACAAAUUAGAGCGCUUGGAAGAACGUGUUAAAGAGUAUCCAGAUGACCUUGAAGCAUGGAACGCGUUAAAAACAGAAAUCCAACAGACAGGAGAUUUGGUACAAAUGCGUAAAUUUUAUGAGAAGUUUCUUGCUGUGUUUCCCACCUCGCCAAGACAAUGGCUAGCUUACUUGGAAAUGGAACUCAAACAUUCAAAUUUUAAUGAGGUGGAGGGUCUCUUCAGACGUUGCCUAAAGACUGUGCUUUCCAUCGACCUUUGGAAGUUUUACCUUGGUUAUAUUCGCCGUAUCAAUAUGGGCGAAAAUGGGGCUGCUGCAACUCCAGAAGGACGAACGAUUAUUGAGAAAGCCUAUGAAUACGUACUCAAUAAUGUUGGUAUUGAUAAGGAAGCGGGCCCCAUUUGGGCUGAUUAUAUCUUCUUUUUGUCCUCUAACAAGACUACCAACACAUGGGAAGAACAGCGAAAGAUGGAUAGUAUGCGCCGUGCUUAUCAAAAAGCAAUGGCGAUUCCAUUGAACAAUGUUGAGCAUCUUUGGAAAGAAUACGAUCAAUGGGAAAACACAUUGAACAGAUUGACGGCCAAGAAGUUCUUGAGUGAAAGAUCGUCAGCUUAUAUGACAGCUCGCACAGCACUACGUGAGAUGAGAGGUUUUACAGAUCAAUUGUCACGUACAAUAAUCCCCAGACGUACAGAAUGGACAGAUAAAGACUUGCAACAGCUCGAGGUAUGGAGAGAGUAUAUCCAAUGGGAGAAAGGCAAUCCACUUCAUUUGGAAGACGAAGAAGCUGUUGUAGAAAGAGUAGCAUACGCAUACCAACAGGCCUUCCUUGUGUUGCGGUUCUUCCCUGUCCUGUGGUUUGAUUAUGCCAUGUACUACAAAGAAAUUGGCAAGGUUGACAAGGCAUUAACCGUAUUAAAGCAAGGAAUGGAGAUCUUGCCAACAAGUCUGUUGAUUCACUUUGCCUAUGCCGAGUUGUGCGAGUCAAGAAAGCAAUUUGACGAGGCUCGACAGGCAUUUGACUCUCUUCUUGAGCAAUUGGAUCAGGAUAUCGAAAAGUUAAAAUCAACCGCUCAAAAAUCCGUCGAGAAGUUGCAGCAAGAGGCUGAGGAGGAAAAGUCCGGCAUGAAUUUAAGCUGUUCACUUGUCUGGAUCAUGUAUAUGCGUUUUGCAAGACGUUCUGAUGGCAUCAAAAGUGCAAGAUCAUUGUUCUCUAGAGCACGCAAGACUACCAACCUGACAUACCAUUUAUUUGUAGCUUCUGCGUUGAUGGAGUACCACAAUAGCAAAGAUGCCACCAUUGCAGGCAAGGUAUUCGAAAUUGUGGGAUACAAGCUAUUCGCUGAUGACCCUGCUUUUGUGUGUGAAUACCUUGAUUUUUUGAUUGAGAUGAACGAUGACAACAAUACUCGUGCUUUGUUUGAAAGAGCCUUGUCUACAAUGCCAGCUGAAAAAGCAGGCCCAAUCUGGUCAAAAUUCUUGGAUUAUGAAAACAAAUAUGGAGAUUUGGCAGGUGUCCAAGGUGUAGAGAAGCGUCGAAAUGAGGCAAUACAGGGCAGUAAGUAUAGAGAUGGGACAUGA